AUGGGUGUCAACAAAAUCACUCACGUUGCGGGUACCGGACCACAACCAGAAGCUGGCCAGACCGUGAUUAUCGAGUAUACUGGUUGGCUGAAGGACUCGAGCCAGGCCGAUGGAAAGGGAGCCCAAUUCGACAGCUCGAUCGGUCGUGGGGAUUUUGUCACGCAAAUCGGGGUUGGGAGACUCAUCAGAGGAUGGGAUGAGGCUGUGUUGGAAAUGAAGGUUGGCGAGAAGGCCACUUUGGAUAUCUCUAGUGAUUACGGAUACGGAGAGCGGGGUUUUCACGGCCACAUUCCUCCGAACGCGGAUUUGAUCUUUGACGUAUAUCUCAAGGGUCUCCAGUAG